AUGUCUGCAGAGAGUCCGGGACAGAAAAGUGGCUUUCGAGCCUUUUUAACAAACGCUCUGCGACCGAAGAAAUCCCGCCAAGUUCUCCGCAAGAACACCGCAUCCACACCAAAUCUCCGAGCGGCUGCACAACUGAGCAUUGCCAGCGAUGAAGUCCCGGAAGUUCCUCCUCUUGCACCAUUGCAAGCUCAUCGGAUCAAGUAUCGGGAGAAAAAUGCACUGGUGGAUACCCAGCUAGGCGAGACUCGCGACCCUACGGCUAUGCUACAUACGAUAGGCAUUCUUGAUACAGAAGAUUCGGAUGGCUUCGCAUCAGACUUACAAAAAGAUAAUCGACCCCCCGGGGAGCCGAUGAUUGCAAGCUUAUCACAAGAUCUAUGGGCGCUUGUUGCAGAGUACCUCAAUCCGGCAGAGCGAGCCAGCUUAGCAUUUGCCAGCAAGACGCUCCUCCUCCGCCUGUGCCGGGGGCCCUGGAUGGCCUUGAACCUCCCCGAGAACCGCGAGUACAGAAUCGACUUCCUAGUCCCACAGGACCGGUACCUACCCCACCAUCUCCUCUGCAUGCCUUGCGGCCGAUACCACCGCCGCACGCUGGAAGGCCACGAAAGACUCGAGCCCGCAACGGUCGUCAACCCGCUCUACAACUGCCCGAACGCCCGCAACCCCCUCCUCCCCGCUCCACGCCACCGCAUCACCCACUCCCGCAUGCUGUACUUCACCUUCGUGCAGCUUGCGCUGCGCGCCCGCCGGUUCGGUCCCUCCUACGGCAUCCCCCUCGACUCCCUCUCCCGUCGCUGGCGACGGGACGGCUGGUCCCACCACACGCGGUACCACAUCCACAAGGGCAAGCUGCUGAUGCGGGUGGUGAGCUCGACGUUCGCAGACCCAGACAUGGCGCCCAGCUCGAUGCGCCUGCUCCUCUACUCGCGCGAGGACUACUGGCCGUACUUCUCCGCGUGCGCGCACUGGCGCGACGGCGAGCUCAUGGACGUCUGCAAAUGCGCGCUGGGCCACGUCCCCAAGCCCCGCGCCACAGCCGGCCUGCAGAGCCUCGAGCACCGCGCCAAGGACAUCUACCACGGCCGCACGUACAACCCCAACGAGUUCGCGACCCUGUGCCCCAAGUGCCGCCCCAUGCGCCGCUGCCCCGACUGUCCGUCCGAGUACAUGGUCGAGAUCAAACUGACCGAGGACCGGUCCGAGCCGCGGAGUCUGCGCUUCCGGCAUGCGAUCGUGGUGACGAGGUGGUGUGAUCUCGGCGAUGGGAGCUCGCCGCAUGGCUCGCGCGAGUGGGGCGCGUGUAAUGGCGAGCUGACCGGGUAUGACUCGUUUGCGGUGCUGGGGAAGCGGUCCAUCUCCGGGGUGUUUGAGUCGGCGUUCACGGAUGAUCAUAUACCGGGGCAGAGGAUCGUCUCGAUGAAUCCGAAGGGGAAGCGGCUCGGGGAGGCGGGGAAUAGCUGGUAUUGA